CGCGCGUAAAAGAGCGCGCACAGCUGUCAGCACCAAGGACAGCGCUCCGCCGCAGAACAACAGCCGACGGACGCGCAGAGAGGCGGACGAUACGAGACGCAUCACUGAUUUCUGCUGCCAGGCUUCAUGCACUAUGCUACUUUCUUGCUCUGCCUGACUUGAGAGAGGGGGGAAUUUGGAUUUUCUCAGAUGCCAUCGCUUAAAUGGCACCAUGAACACAUCGCCGCAGUGUGUGUGAAUUUCGCACCUGGGAUUGUUUUACACUUUCAAUUGGCACACUGGACAUUGCGUUCAAUCUCCUCCGCAAGCGACUAGCUCGAGGGACUAAGAGGGGAGGACAGUGGGGGUCUCCGUGCGCUCUUCUGGCCCUACACACGAUGCGUCUGCUUCUGCUGGCCGCGUUGUUCUCCUGCUCCUGCGUGCGGGGCGGCUGCGAGCCCAAGAUUGUGAACAUCGGGGCUGUCCUGAGCCAGAAGCGGUACGAGCAGGUGUUUAAAGAUGCCGUCACCCAGGCGAACCAGGUGUACGGACGAGAUAAAUUCAAGUUGACAGCCAUCUCUGUCACUCACAAAGCCAACGCGAUUCAGAUGGCGCUGUCUGUCUGCGAGGAUCUCAUUUCCAGUCAGGUGUACGCGAUCCUGGUGAGCCAUCCACCCCAGUCUAAUGAUCAUCUGACGCCCACUCCGGUCUCCUACACCGCUGGCUUCUACCGCAUCCCCGUCGUGGGGCUCACCACCAGGAUGUCCAUUUAUUCAGACAAGAGCAUUCACCUCUCGUUCUUGCGCACAGUGCCACCAUAUUCCCACCAGGCACACGUAUGGUUCGACAUGAUGCGAGAGUUUCGCUGGAAUCACAUCAUCCUAAUAGUCAGUGAUGACCACGAAGGCAGAGCAGCGCAGAAAAGACUAGAAACCCUUCUGGAGGAGAGAGAAACCAAGAAUAAAAAAAGGAACUAUGAAAACCAAGACCAACUGUCCUAUGACAACAAGAGAGGACCUAAGGCCGAGAAAGUGCUUCAGUUCAACCAGGAGACUAACUUAACUGCCCUGCUCCUGGAGGCCAAAGAGUUGGAGGCCAGAGUGAUCAUUCUCUCUGCCAGCGAGGAAGAUGCAGCCGCCGUGUACAAAACAGCACGCUUCCUCAACAUGACAGGCUCAGGCUAUGUUUGGCUGGUCGGGGAGCGUGAGAUGUCCGGUAAAGCUUUGAGCGAGGCCCCUGAUGGGCUGAUUGGCCUCCAGCUCAUCAACGGCAAGAAUGAGUCGGCACACAUCAGCGAUGCUGUUGCUGUUGUAGCCCAGUCCAUCCAAGAGCUCUUCGAGAAAGAAAACAUCACAGAACCUCCAAGGGGUUGCGUUGGCAAUACUAACAUCUGGAAGACUGGUCCACUCUUUAAAAGAGUAUUGAUGUCUUCCAAGUACCCAGAGGGCCUAACAGGACGCGUUGAGUUCAAUGAUGACGGCGACAGAAAGUAUGCUCAUUACAGCAUCCUCAACUACCAGAAGAGCAGACUGAUUCAAGUUGGCAUUUACAACGGAACACAAGUGGUGAUGAAUAAACAAAGGAAGAUCAUUUGGCCUGGCGGUGAAACAGAGAGACCGAGAGGAUUCCAGAUGUCUACUCGAUUAAAGAUAGUGACCAUUCAUCAGGAACCCUUUGUGUAUGUGAAGCCAACUACGCUGGAAGGGACCUGCAAGGAAGAGUACACACCCAAUGGAGUCUUAAUUAAAAAGGUGAUCUGCACUGGACCGAAUGAGACCAUCCCAGGUAACACAUCAGGACGCCCAAUUGUACCCCAAUGUUGCUACGGAUUUUGCAUUGACCUUCUGAUCAAGUUGGCUUUAACUAUGAACUUUACCUAUGAAGUACACCUGGUGGCAGAUGGAAAAUUCGGGACGCAGGAAAGAGUUAAUAACAGUAACAAGAAGGAGUGGAAUGGUAUGAUGGGUGAGCUCCUGGGUGGCCUUGCUGACAUGAUCGUUGCUCCCUUGACGAUCAACAAUGAACGAGCCCAGUACAUAGAAUUUUCCAAGCCUUUCAAAUACCAGGGACUCACUAUCCUUGUGAAAAAGGAAAUUCCUCGCAGUACGCUGGACUCGUUCAUGCAGCCUUUUCAAAGCACCUUGUGGCUACUGGUGGGUCUGUCGGUACAUGUGGUGGCGGUGAUGCUUUACCUAUUAGACCGGUUCAGCCCAUUUGGAAGGUUUAAAGUAAACAGCGAAGAAGAAGAAGAAGAUGCCCUCACCUUAUCUUCAGCUAUGUGGUUUUCUUGGGGUGUCUUGUUGAACUCUGGAAUUGGAGAAGGUGCCCCACGUAGUUUUUCAGCAAGAAUAUUAGGAAUGGUGUGGGCUGGCUUCGCUAUGAUUAUAGUAGCAUCCUAUACUGCCAACCUGGCUGCCUUCCUAGUGUUGGACCGGCCUGAGGAGCGCAUCACCGGCAUCAACGACCCAAGGCUGAGGAACCCAUCAGACAAAUUCAUCUAUGCCACAGUGAAGCAGAGUUCGGUGGAUAUUUACUUCCGGCGACAAGUUGAGCUGAGCACCAUGUACCGCCACAUGGAGAAGCACAACUACGAGAGCGCCGCUGAAGCCAUCCAGGCCGUUCGGGACAACAAGCUGCAUGCUUUCAUCUGGGACUCUGCGGUGCUGGAGUUUGAAGCCUCGCAGAAGUGCGACCUGGUGACCACGGGAGAGCUGUUUUUCCGUUCGGGCUUUGGCAUAGGCAUGCGCAAGGACAGCCCCUGGAAACAGAAUGUGUCCCUGGCUAUUCUCAGUUCCCAUGAGAAUGGCUUCAUGGAGGACCUAGAUAAAACCUGGGUGAGAUACCAGGAGUGUGACUCAAGGAGCAAUGCCCCAGCCACACUCACCUUUGAGAAUAUGGCAGGGGUCUUCAUGCUAGUUGCUGGAGGCAUUGCAGCAGGAAUAUUCCUCAUCUUUAUCGAGAUUGCAUAUAAGCGCCAUAAAGACGCCCGCAGGAAGCAGAUGCAGCUAGCCUUUGCGGCCGUCAAUGUCUGGAGGAAGAACCUACAGCCCUCUUCCUCUGUAGAGACUCAGGAUGAUAGGAAAAGUGGUAGAGCAGACAGCGACCCAAAAAAGAAACCUUCUUUUAGGUCCAUCAGUACCACCCUGGCCUCCAGCAUCAAGAGACGUAGGUCCUCCAAAGACACGCAAUACCCACCCACAGACAUUACGGGCCAGCUCAACUUGUCGGACCCGUCUGUCAGCACGGUGGUGUGAGGGAGAUAAAGAAGGAGAGUUUAACAUAGAGACACGUUCAUUCUUUAGAGAACAACAAGAGGAGCGAUGUAGUACCUCUUCUCUAGGUUUUGCACAAUGGAUCCAUCAUGGACGAGAACUAUUGAGCCAUUUCACAUUUACCAAUGGGAUCUGUUGGAAAUUGAUUGUGGACUGCAGGGGAUGGCAUGACACUGCAAUGCACUGGAGCUCUGUGAACACACAGACCAUAUAUACACAUAAACACAGCUUGAUGCUAAACUUAGUAUAUAUCAUCACAUCAUUCCAUCCAUCAGAUCUUCUGUAUAAAUUCUUUACGAUUAUGUAGAAAUAUUUCUUACGAGUAUUAGUGACUAUUCCUAUGUUUAUUUAGUGGUUUAAGUAUUGUACAGUAUAAUUUAGAAUUAACAAACUAAUGUUCAAAGCCGAUUCUACGGCUGAUAUUUAACUAGAUGUAGUAUGUAUACGAUUAAUUAUAUUCAUUUACAAACAUAUUUAGAUCUAUUUUACUUCCUUUCGGUUUGUUUUUAAUUCUUUGUCUAUAUAAUCUAUAAAGCAAAACGUCCGCCAAUUAAGCACAUUAUUUGUGCUGUUUUAAAUAUCAUAAUUGUCUUUUAUAUUCUACCAUCCCUCUGCAUGUAACAUGCAUGCAAACUUGUCCCCCAAAAAUGAUUGAGAACAAAAAUAUAUUGUGUACCCCUAUACACAUCACAGAAGAGAAAAUUAGAAAUGAGAUGUGGCGUAUUGCACAUCGAACUCUCCUUCAAACUCCAGUUCUUCCUCUUUAAGCUUCUCAACUUCAGUCGGAAGGGUGCAUCAAGGGGCCGAGUUUUUUCAUCCAACUAGCACUUGGCGUCUCGUGCAGAAUUAUUUCUGUGUCAUCAUCAUAGACGACCUCAGAGAUUUUUUUGCAUGAGAAUCAAAAACCCAAGUGUGCCCCUUUAUUUUCAAUGAUGGUGCUGCCUUUUUUGGAUACACCUAUUGGUUAGAUGGCAAAACUGGCCCGUUCCCUAGUUCUGGGGUUGAGAACCAUCAACAAAUCAAUACAAAUAAGGACUACUUACUGUAAAUGUCCACUUUAAGCUAUUUAUGUGACCAAUGGAAACUCCCCUAUAAGAGAGAUCACCUACCUAGCACUUUAAUGUGAAUUGUUCAGAAGCUAUAUGCGUAUGGAAAUUAUGCAAUUUGCCAAAUGUUGAUUGUAAUACUCGUACUUGAUAUGAAAAUGCACAUUUGAGAAUGCGAAAUGUGUUAUAUGUGUAACUGUCAGCUGUUCGAUUUUAACAAAUCACUCCUUUUGUAGUUUUCAUAUAUCAAUAUGUUUAGACAGAUUUGUUUCUGAUAUUCAAGCGUGAAACUGUGUCAAAUACUUCUAGAUAUUCUCUGUUUACGACUAUCCACUUUAGGUUUUAGCCUUUUCAAACUGACAGGUGUAUGUAAGGUAUGUUUUCUCAUUGCUUGGGUCAAUGAAUGUGGUUUGUACUCCAGAAGAACAAUGUAUUAUAUCCGAUUUCAGGGCAUGUGAACGUUGAAUUGAGUUUUUUGCUGACUGGACAACUAGAUUGCCAUAUGAUUUUAAGAAACUGUUGAUAAAAAGGGAGUGUUUUUAUGAGAAACUUUCACAAUGUAAAUGACACACAAUCAGAUAAACGCAUAUCCUGAGCAAAAGUCAUAUUUAAACAAGUGCAACAUGUAUGUUUCUGUUCAUUUUAGAUAUUUCCUUAAACAAACACAUAAUGUUUGCAUUUUGACAAAAAUAUAUAGAAUUAACAUCUGUGUGCCAAUAAAUUUGUGCCAUGUCAGUUGCAGACCACAA